AUGUCACUGAAUUUACCAUUUGAGAAUUUACAGUCUAAUCCAAUCUAUCUUAAUUAUAAAAAAGUAUUAAAUACUUAUCAAAAAUUUAUAGAUGAAUCAGUACCGUAUACUGCUUAUAGAUGGUAUGCAUUUGGAGGUUUAAUUUCAUUAUUUUUACUUCGAAUUUUUUUAUCACAAGGUUGGUAUAUAAUAUGUUAUGCUUUAGGAAUAUAUUUAUUAAAUUUAUUUUUAGCAUUUUUAACUCCAAAAUUUGAUCCAUCAUUAGAACAAGAAAUGAAGAAUGAAUCAAUUGAGGAAGGUAAUAUACCUGAAGAUUUAAAUAAUAAUGAAAAUUUAUCAGAAAACGAUGAAGAAUUUAGACCAUUUAUUAGAAGAUUACCAGAAUUUAAAUUUUGGUAUAAUGCAAUAAGAGCAACUUUAUUAAGUAUAAUUUUAACAUUCUUUACAAUAUUUGAUAUUCCAGUAUUUUGGCCAAUUUUAUUAAUGUAUUUUAUUAUAUUAUUUACUUUGACUAUGAGAAAACAAAUUCAACAUAUGAUUAAAUAUAAAUAUUUACCUUUUGAUUUAGGUAAAACAAAAUAUAGAAAGUGA